UGCGCACUGUAAACCAGUUCGGCUGUUGCCAUUGUAACGUUUGGCAGAGACGCAUUAUUUAUUGUGUUGUUGUUGUAGUCACUCGUAAAGGGGAUUGGAUUUUAUUGUUAUCUUUUGUAUCACAACAGACCGCAGCUGAUAUGGCGAACCGAAACCUUAAGCAUGUAAACAUUCAGAACAGUUCUCCAUCUCCGAAGCCCCAAAAUCCGAGUCGCAACACGGACUCUCCGUCCACGGAGCGCGUGCAGAAGAUGGAGGGAGCGACGCCAUCGCCGAAAGUCACAAGCCCGCAACCAGAACCAGAAGGCAGCAGCGAGCCUCGGGAAGUGUUUUUGGACCUGAAGAGCUUCAGGAAACCGGGAGAGAAAACAUUUACACAGAGGUGCAGACUGUUUGUAGGCAAUCUCCCUACUGACAUUACAGAGGAGGACUUCAGGAAGCUCUUCGCUAAAUAUGGCGAGGCUAACGAAGUCUUCAUCAACCGGGACAGAGGAUUCGGGUUCAUUCGGCUGGAAUCAAGGACGUUAGCAGAGAUUGCCAAAGCAGAGUUGGAUGGGACAGUGCUGAGGAACAGGCCAAUUCGCAUCCGGUUUGCCACACAUGGAGCUGCUCUCACAGUCCGAAACCUUUCACCAGUUGUUACCAAUGAGCUCCUGGAGCAGGCAUUCUCACAGUUUGGGCCAGUGGAAAGGGCAGUUGUGGUGGUAGACGAUCGUGGCAGACCCACAGGUAAAGGCAUUGUGGAGUUUGCCAAUAAGCCUGCUGCACGAAAGGCUCUUGACCGCUGUGCUGAUGGAGCCCUUUUACUUACCACGUCUCCAAGGCCAGUUAUUGUUGAACCAACAGAGCAGUUUGAUGAUGAAGAUGGCCUUUCAGAAAAAUUAUUGCAGAAGUCUGCACAAUAUCACAAAGAAAGGGAGCAGCCUCCACGCUUUGCCCAGCCAGGCACCUUUGAGUUUGAGUACUCCUCACGCUGGAAGGCACUUGAUGAGAUGGAGAAACAGCAGCGCGAGCAGGUGAGAAGGAAUAUCCAGGAGGCCAAGGAGAAACUGGAGGCUGAGAUGGAGACGGCAAAACACGAGCACCAGCUCAUGAUGAUGAGACAAGAUCUCAUGCGCCGUCAAGAAGAGUUGCGCCGACUGGAAGAACUGAGAAACCAGGAGCUGCAUAAGCGCAAACAGAUGGCGAUGAGACAUGAGGAAGAAAGACGGAGACAUGAGGAAGAAAUGAUGCGCCACAGAGACCAGGAUGAUAUGAGACGUCAGCCUGAUGCCUUUAAACCCGGUUUUAUGGAUGGCAGAGAACAGGAUAUGAGAAUGAGUGAAAUGGGUGCCCGUGGAGCCGUUAAUAUGGGAGGUAUGGUCAAAAGUCUCAGCCCAAGCGUGAACCAAAUGUGUGAUUCUUUUAAUCCUGCCACUGCUGUUAGCGGUAACCAGGGCCCUGCUCAAAUGAUGGGCAUGGGCAUGUCAGGCCGGGGUGGAGCCAUGGGGCCAGAGGGAUCAUCAAAUAUGGGGGCACCCCUCAUACAGGAUAACGGAAAUAUGCGUAAUGAACGAUUUCCUCAGGGAGCACCUGCUCAAAUGGGUUCAUCCAUGGGUAUUCGACCAGGUGUUGAUUCCCCCCAGCAACAACAGUCACCUGUGAUUGGUGCUGCAGGACCUGUGCCUCCUAUGGGUGGUCCAGCUGGAUUUGGGCGAGGAGAUCCUGUUGGGGGAAACUUUGAUGGGCCCAAUAACAAGCGCCGUAGAUACUAGGCUUUUUACUUUAUUUUUUUUUCCCCUCUCAUGAUCGUGACAUCUAGUCGUUUGAUCCAGACCAUCUUAACUUCAUGGAUGAUGUUCAUUUUUAUGUCCUUUUCAGUGGCGCUGCUCUCAGGCAACCAUUAGCGUUGGCCUUUGUCGCAAGUAUCUCGGACAUAGCAUGAAUCAGUUCUGAUCAUAAAUUUGAAAACAGCCCUGUUUGGAGACUUAUACUGCCUUAACUGUGCAUAUGCUGUAGGGAAGUCAGAUUCUCGUCAGACGGCGCUUUUGAACGGUUGCAGUGCUUCUGCUUAGUGCUUUUCUUACCCUUUUUUUUCCCCCCUUGUUAUAAGAUCAGUCAAAGCUGGGUAACAUUUAUUAAAUCUGCUUAAUGACCAUAUCUGUGCUGAACUACUACAUAGGUGCAAAGUUUACCUGAACAUGUGGGACUUUUAUCAUUCUGUGCAGUUCAUUUAUUCCUGCUCAGAACUUUCUAUUUGACAAGACAUGUGGGAACAGAGAAUAGCAGAAUGAGUUAUACCUCUUUUGGUUUCCUGGCUUCUGUACAGAGUGUGAGUGGUAAGAUCUGUAUUAAGCAGAAACCAAGAAAUGGAACAGAAUAACUGUGAUUGUAUAAGAAUUUGAGUUGCAAAAUGCUCAUUUCAGGUAUUAUUACUUUUCUGUGAAAGCAAAGCAAAAACCCCUAUACACUAAUUAUUAACGGUGUCUUGUUAUACAGCAUGCUCUAAACAGAAACAUGUCACCUUUUCCAACCAAGAGGUUCUAAAAGUUUGUUGCACAUAACAUCUUCAAAUCUCAUGUUAUUAGAUAAAUGCUUUAGUCUAGCUUUUUUUGGCAAGAGCAUGUCGCUUGGGCCGUCUUCUUUGUACAACAUCUGAUUUACGGUGAUUGUUUUUUUUCGAUAACUUCUGGUAUAUGGAUAGCGAUAUUAGUGUGUGUAAUGUAGAAUGUGCAUGCUUUUUAGCAGUCAUUUUUGUUUUAGUGAACAUUUUAAACAUGCCGGGUUAUUUUCCUUUGCCUUCAAAUGGCCGUUCUUGAAUAAAAAUGCUUAAAAAGGUA